AUACCGGUGCGGCACAUGCUUGUACGCUUCAGUUCUAAAAAGACAGUGGCCUUGCUAACGUGCAAUUUCCGUCCUGCAUAAGCAACAUCAUGCUUCAAAGCAGACAGCGGAAAAUUGUCCGGCUACAGGAAAGUGUGAACGAAUACCUUGGUGACGUUUGGCGCAAUAGUGGUGUACUAAUCCGUGCCUACUGUGCCAUUUGGACAAGACGUGAAGGAGUAUUUAACCCUCUUAACCCAGCGCUACUCUCACAAGCUAGUUCGCCCAGAUUUAAAGCUCUAAUAGAAAAUCGAAAGUUAUUCGGACUAGACGAACAACCACAACCAAUUCUCUGGCUAACAAGGGAAAACAGCAUGAGAGAAUUCCACAAACACGUCGUUUUAGCUGGCUUGCGUGAGGGUUUUUGGUCGGCUUGGCCCGGGAAGGCUAAUAAAGCCUGUUGUGCAAUCCCCUGCAAGGAAAUUAACCUUAUGCGUGUGGCAAGGCAACAAACUCUCCUCGGCCAUCCUCAGGUCAAAUAUCUUGUCCUAGCAUUGGCCCGUGCCUCGAGUUGAAGACGCUGUUACUACUGCUCGCAAUUUCCCCCCGCUACGACGGAGUAUAAAUUACGACUCUGGCUCAUACACGUACAUGUACUCGUACUGUACAAAUGGUCACCGAGGCUCGUCCACUUUUAAUCUACACUAUCCGCCGGCCACUGGGCGACAAGUGGCCGUUAGCGCCUGGUGCCGGUGCGGAAUUUGA